AUGGCCGAUGUACCUACCCAAGAAAUGGAAUCCAAUCCAUUCGAAAAAUGGUGGAAAGAUCUUGGUAUUCGCAAGUUACUGGCAUGGCAGGCCACCAUCCUUGUGUCCCAGAUGACCACUGGCUAUGAUGAAAGCGUUGUCGGGAGUUUUCAAUCAAUGAAGCCCUGGACUAAAGAUAUGGGAAAUCCCAAUCCAUCUAGGAUAGGACUCAUAACAUCUAUCGUCUUCGUUGGUGGUUUUGUUGGGGCUCUGGUAGCCUCCCUCACGGCCGACCAUUUCGGACGACGCGUAGGCAUGUUUGUUGGAGCAAGUCUGACAUUUGUGGGCACAAUCCUCCAAACAGCCGCACAAAACUCUGAUAUGUUUAUUGGUGGUCGUUUUUUGAUUGGAUUUGGAAUUAGCUUCACUUGUGUUGCUGGACCAUCGCUGCUCUCCGAGCUGGCCCAUCCCGCAAUGCGUGGCAUAAUAUCCUGCUUGUUCAACGUACUUUGCUGGUCAUGGCGUCUUCCAUCCCUCAUUCAAGGGGUUCCCGCACUAUUUGUCAUGAUAUCCGUCCUUUGUGGCUUGCCUGAAAGUCCCCGAUGGCUUUGUGCAAACCAGCGAGGCGAAGAAGCCCGGCAGCUACUUGCAAAGUACCACAGCAACGGAAAUGCCGACUCGGCUCUUGUGAUAAGUGAGAUGAAAGAGAUACAAAUACUCUUGGAGGCUGAAGCAGCAGCCCGAAAGAGUGGUCAAAAUAGCUGGGGUACUCUCUACCGGUCGCCAGCAAACAGGAAAAGGAUUGCGCUGGUAGUUACGGUUGCCCUCAUAGCACUCUGGAACGGCCAGGGUGUAGUUUCAUACUAUUUCAGUCCAAUUUUGACCAGUGUCGGUAUCACUUCUACAACUCAACAGACUGGCAUCAACGGUGGCUUGCAGAUAUGGAACCUACUCUGCUCCCUGGCAGGAGCUUUACUUGCGGACCGAAUCGGGAGACGGACCCUCUGGUUGAUCUCCUUCAUUGGAAUGAUCCUAGUCAACAUCCCAUUUACUAUAUCAUCCGCCAUGUAUGCACAACAUGGGUCCAAAGGCGCCUCGUUUGCUGUUGUUGUCCUUCUUUUCCUUUACAACGCGACCUUUAACUUGGCCAAUAACCCCCUUAUUUAUUGUUAUCCGACCGAGAUUCUGCCAUUUUCUAUCCGGGCCAAAGGAUUAGGAAUCCAAGUGGCUGUCUCGCAAGCAGCUCUCACUAUUAACCAAUACGUGAAUCCAAUUGCACUAGACAGCAUUGGAUUUUAUUACUACAUAUUUUACCUGGGGAUACUCAUCCUUAGCACUUUGAUCAUAUUCUUCACGUUUCCAGAGACCAAAGGCAAGACGGAGGUUGAACUCGCAGCUCUUUUUGAGGAUAGCAAGUCAACCACAUAUAUCCAACGCUCGAGAGCUUGGAGACAGGAAUGGAAACCAUGCCAGAAUCUCACAAAGGAGGCAUUCUAG